AGCCCUUUUUGUUCACCAUGCCAUGGUGACACCCGCGAUCUGACUCCAUCGGCCCCGAUGUCGCACCGCGCUGGCACGGGGGAUGCGCCGAUCCCCGGCCUGGUGACUUCUCGACGGAAUCCCGCCUACAAGCAGCGGUUGCAGAAGCAAAAGGAGGCCGAGGCCGCCGCGGAGGCCGCGCGGCGGGCGCAGAUCGCGCAGGUCAAGGCUGCCAAGCAGCUCCACAAAAGCCGGCGCAGGCGGUCGCCCGGCAAGAGGUCCAGGUCGCCGUCACGGCGGAAGGAGAAGGAGGUCCGCGAGACCUCGGAGGAGAGGGAGGAGCGGAGGAGUCGGGAGAAGAAGGAGGCGGAGGCGAAAGCCCUGAAGGCGCAGAAGGACGCGGAGGAAAAGAAAAAGCGGGCAGCUGAGGAGGCGGAAAAUCGCAAGCGCUGGGCCGAGCAGGAGGCGAAGUGGGCGGAGGAGCGGCGGCUCCGAGAGGAGCAGAAGAAGCUGGAGGAGGAGCGGAAGGUCGCUCGCCAGCAGAAGCUGAAAGGAGCUUUUGCCAUGGCCGAUGACGACGAGGAUGACGAGGAGCAGAGGAAGAAGGAGCUCCAAAAAAAGCAGAAGUCGAGGGCGCCUUUGGCCGCAGCCCCUGCAAGCAGCGUUGUGGUGCCAGCUGCCACGGCCAGCCGCCCUAAGGCGGAGAAAGAUGGGCAGGAUCCCAUCAGCCUCCGGGCCUCUUUGGCGGAUCCGUCGGGCCCGCGAGUGCACUCGCCGGGCGAAGUGGCGGAGCACUUCCGUCGUCUGUCCGAGAUGAAGAGAAGGUUCCGGCGCACGGAGUUCGGCGGGCCCCGGAAGCGGACGCCCUCCAGGUCGCGGUCGCGGGAGAAGUACAACUCGGCUCGGGUGUGCAUCAAGGAGAAGGAGCGCAGCCGCGGGCGGGAUUGAGCCCUGUGGCCCAGCGGCCCGGCUGAGAGCAUCGGAAGCGUCGCCUUUCGCGAAGUGCGACAGUGCGAAAGUGAGAGCCCGGCAAAAUCCAGGACCAAC